UUUUUCCACUUAUAUAUAACUAUUUUAUUACUACUAUUUACAUACAAACAGCGUUAAUCAAUCAAUAUCAUCAUCAUCAUCAAUGGCGGAGAAACAUGAAGAUCUGCCGGUUCCAACACACUCAAAACUUGAAGAAGUUUAUGGCAGUGGAUCACAGCUUGAAGAAGCUGAGCUUCGUUUUUCUGUUCUCAAUUCAAAAUUCAAACAAUUCUUUGGCCAUCUUCCUCAUGUUUAUUCUCGCGCUCCAGGAAGAGUGAAUUUGAUUGGGGAGCAUAUUGACUAUGAGGGUUAUUCAGUGUUGCCCAUGGCCAUUAGGCAAGAUACAAUAGUAGCAAUUAGAAAGCGGGAUGCAGGGGAAUCUGAAAAGCUUCUUAGGAUUGCAAACGUCAAUGACAAGUACACAAUGUGUACAUAUCCUGUUGAUCCCGACCAGGAGAUUGACCUGAAGAAUCAUCGAUGGGGACACUAUUUUAUCUGUGGAUACAAAGGUUUCUAUGAAUAUGCUAAAUCGGGAGGGAUAGAUGUCGGUUCACCAGUUGGACUUGAUGUGAUGAUUGAUGGAACAGUUCCUACAGGAUCUGGGUUGUCAAGCUCUGCAGCAUUUGUGUGCUCUUCAACAAUUGCCAUAAUGGCUGCCCUCGACGUCAAUAUUUCCAAGAAAGAACUUGCUCAACUAACAUGCGUGUGCGAAAGACACAUUGGGACUCAAUCUGGUGGAAUGGACCAGGCAAUAUCCAUCAUGGCCAAAACUGGGUUUGCUGAACUCAUAGAUUUCAACCCAAUUCGUGCAACUGAUGUGCAACUUCCAGCUGGCGGAUCUUUUGUGAUUGCCCAUUCAUUGGCUGAAUCUCAAAAAGCAGUAACUGCUGCAACCAACUACAAUAACCGAGUUGUAGAAUGUCGAUUAGCUUCUAUUGUACUUGGCAUCAAACUUGGAAUGGAUCCCGAAGAGGCGAUAUCAAAAGUGAAAACACUUUCCGAUGUGGAAGGUUUAUGUGUAUCUUUUGCAGGCACUCACGGGUCUUCUGAUCCUACCCUUGCUGUUAAGGAGUAUCUCAAAGAAGAGCCAUAUACAGCUGAAGAAAUUGAGAAACUCACUUCUAAAAGCUUGAAUCUGAUAUUCGCUGACUCAGCAUCUUCACUGGAUGUGCUAAAAGCUGCCAAGCAUUACAAAUUGUUCCAGAGAGCCUUUCACGUGUAUUCUGAAGCGAAGCGAGUAUAUGCUUUCAAGGAUGCGGUAUCAUCAAAUAUCGAUGAGGAGGAAAAGCUGAAGAAGCUUGGUGAUCUUAUGAAUGAUAGCCACUAUAGUUGCAGUGUUCUAUUUGAGUGCAGCUGUCCGGAGCUAGAAGAAUUGGUGAGUAUUUGUAAAGGUAAUGGAGCACUCGGAGCUAGGCUUACUGGAGCCGGAUGGGGUGGAUGUGCAGUUGCUUUGGUUAAAGAAAGCAUUGUCCCACAAUUCAUUCUAAAUUUAAAGGAGCAAUUUUAUCAAUCUAGGAUUGACAAUGGGACAAUUAACAAGAGUGAUCUCGGUCUCUAUGUGUUUGCGUCAAAGCCAUCGAGUGGAGCAGCCAUCUUCAAGUUUUAGUUUGAAUCCCUCCCUCUUGUACUUCUAUUAGAUUAUUUGUGAAAUAUUUAUAUGCACUCGGUCUCUUUCGAUUUAUUUAUAGACAAUGAUCAGGUGAUCCCUCUUUAUUUUUAGGGUAUAGAGUAAUGUCUCUCAGAAAAUAAGUUUCUUAAAUUUGUAUAGAAACAUUUCAAAAAUGUGAAUUAUUUGUCGAGCAAAGUUAAAGAUAACGUAGUUCUCUCAA